CGUUUACCUACUUUACACUUACAAAUGAGAAAUAAACCAUGCUUCACUGAUUCAUAAUACUAAAAAUGCCUCCGUGUGUACCGCUGCAGUCUCACCUGUGCGCCACAUAAGCACGAGCCCUCCUUCUUUCGCUGCCACGUCAUUCACCGCCAUCGUGCGCAUCCUUGGGAGACUCCGACGUGUCUGUUCACAAAACCGGCUGCUAGAAGCAAAAAAUAAAUAAAACGGACAAUAUUCUCACAGGCGACUCGAAGCGGGGAUCAUGGGGGGAUCACAGAGCGUGGAAAUUCCAGGAGGUGGUUCGGAGGGCUAUCACGUUCUCAGAGUGCAGGAGAAUUCUCCCGGGCACAGAGCAGGUCUCGAACCAUUCUUUGACUUCAUUGUGUCCAUCAACAACACCAGACUGAACAAGGAUAAUGACACGCUGAAAGACAUACUGAAGGCUAGCGUUGAGAAACCUGUGAAGAUGCUAGUGUACAGCAGCAAAACCCUCGAGCUGCGGGAAGCCACUGUUACUCCUAGCAACAUGUGGGGCGGCCAGGGUCUUCUGGGGGUCAGCAUCCGCUUUUGCAGCUUUGAGGGAGCCAAUGAGAAUGUCUGGCAUGUUUUGGAAGUGGAACCAAAUUCUCCAGCAGCAUUAGCAGGUUUAAGACCACACACAGACUACAUCAUCGGAGCUGACACAGUCAUGAACGAGUCAGAGGACUUAUUCUCAUUGAUAGAAACCCAUGAGGGCAAAGGCCUGAAACUCUACGUCUACAACACAGACACAGACAACUGCAGAGAAGUGGUCAUUACUCCCAACAGCGCCUGGGGUGGAGAGGGCAGUCUUGGCUGUGGUAUCGGCUAUGGUUACCUGCACAGAAUCCCUACUCGGCCCUUCGAAGAGGGCAAGAAAUUUAGCUUCCCCGGACACACCCCCAGUGAGCCCACCAGCCCGCUGAAAGACGGCUUCACAGAGGUUCAGCUGUCUGCAGUGACUCCGCCCCCUGUGUCACAGUCUGUUCCCACAGGGCUUGAGGACAGUCUGUCUGGCCUGUCACUCAGCUCUGCCCCAUCCUCAAUACCCAGUGAGCUCCACACAGGUGUUCCUACAGUCCCCCUGCUGCCCACUCAGGUGACCCCAGGGCUGGGUACCCUUCCCAUUGUCAACCCCUCCACCACUGUACCAGGUUUGAUGUCCUUACCAUCUGGUCUCCCUCCCCUGCCAAACCUGCCUAACCUCCCAAACCUUAAUCUACCAUUACCGGACCUUAGCGCUGUAUCUUUAGCUGGAAUCACUGGGUUACCUCAUAAUACAGCAGGUUUGCCCCCUCUUCCUCCUCUGAACCUGCCUGGCAUCUCUCCUCUGCCCAUGCACACCGUUCUAUCUUCCACACUUCCCGGCAUGCCAGGAGUCACGCUGCCAUCUUCCCUGGCGCCAUCUGACCUCAUGCCACCCGUCUCCUUAGCGAGUGUGCAAACUCCAGCACUGAUACUGGAUGCCACGCCUAACCCUGCGGUCAAAGACAUGCCCUCAGAGAUGCCUGUUGCCACGGAGACCCUCUUACAACAGACGACGGAUGCACAGGCAGCCCCGGAGUCCUCGUAAUGACCCAACCGUGGCCGGAGGGCGUCCCUCUGUAUGUCUCUAUUGUAUUUAUUCAGUACAAAAAGAUUCCAGUGUGCAAACACAAACAGAGAUAAACACGGUUCUGUUCAGAGAUACCAGUGCCUGAGGUCAGAGAAGAAUGAGCGUGUGGACAGAUAUCUAAUAUUAAAACAUACAUUUAAAAAUAAAAAGAUGUGACUGUUGUAUGUCUGGUUUACACUCUCCUCAGAAUCUGUGUUGUCUCAUGCUUUUUCUUUCUGUAUAUCCUGUAAUCACCUUUCAAACCUUAGUAUAGCAUUCCCUGUAAUUACCAAUUGCUAUGUGAUUUUACAAUGUAACGUCUGACUUUUUUUUUUCUUUUUUCAUUCUUUGCACCAUGUUUGUUUUGAAUGCUUUGAUUUUUCUCAGAAAAUCUCUAUACAUGGUCAGACUGGGCUCUGGGCCUCUGUUUCUCUCACUCACACUCUGUAAGAUAGCUCUGCCGUCAAGAUGAAAGGAAACACAAUUCAGAUGUGCUGCAGGGCUGAAUGUGCGCUUGUGCAGUUUGAAGAUUGUGAAGGAAACUCUAAUUCAAACAUACACAAGCAAUAAAAUACCCAGUUUUACACUA